CUUGCGAGAUCGCUGAAUAACAUCCGGCUUUACCACUCAAUCAAAUAGAUUAGCUAGCCUCCCUUUCUUACAUGGCAUGAGACAGUUUAUCCGUCACAUGCACCAACUGUCAUUCAGAUAAAGAAACGAAACGGCAAGCUAACUAGCUAGCUAGUCAGUGUACCUGCGCUACAGUAACUAGCCAGUUUAUCUUCUCGCGUUAGCUAGCUAUUCGUUUACAUAUUGGUUAUCCAGCAAACUAGCUUUAUUUUUUCCCAAAGCAAUGGCUGCAGACCUGCAAGCGAAAUACACCAAAUUGGCCCAGGAGUAUUCAAAGCUCCGGGCCCAGAACCAGGUCUUGAAGAAAGGCGUGGUAGAUGAGCAGGCCAGCUCCACCUCUCUAAAGGAUCAGGUGAAGCAGCGAGAACAGAGCCUGAGGAAGGUGGAGCAGGAGAUGGAUAGUCUCACCUUCAGGAACCAGCAGCUGGCUAAGAGAGUAGAGCUGCUGCAAGAGGAGCUGGCUGCUAGUGAGGCCAAGGGCAAGAAGAGCAAGAACAAAGGGGACUCCCCCUCACGGCAGGGUUCGCAGCAAACCCAGAGUGUGUUUGAUGAGGACCUGCAGAAGAAGAUCCAGGAGAACGAGAGGCUUCACAUCCAGUUCUAUGAGGCUGAUGAGCAGCACAGGCAGCAGGAGGCUCAGCUGAAGGGCCGGUUGGAGGAGCUGGAGAUAGACCAUGAACAACACCAGGCCAGAGUUGACGGACUUGCCUCCAAAUACAUGGACACUAUCGAGAGACUGCAGAGUGACAAGGCCAGACUAGAGGUGAAAUCCCAGACUCUGGAGAGGGAAGCUAAAGACUGCAGAGUUUGGACAGAGGAAUGUCAGCAGCAGUUGAGGAAGUGUCAGUCAGAGCUCAACAGACAGGUGAAAAAGAGCAGUAGUGUCAUCCAGGAGAAAGUGCCCUUCAACGACACCAAAUUCAGUGACUACAACAGUCUCAACGUUCCACCACACAACAGAAGACACCAGUUGAAGGCCCGAGACGUGGCUGGUCAGGCCUUAGGCUUCGUCCAGGACCUAGUGGCUGCUCUGUUAAACUUCCACUCCUACACAGAGCAGAGGGUACACAUCUACCCCCUGGAUUCCUCUAUCGAACCCAUCUCACCACUCAACCAGAAGUUCUCCCAGUAUCUACAUGAGAAUGCAGCCUAUGUGCGCCCCCUGGAGGAAGGACUAGUGCAACUACACCAGAGCAUCACAGAGGACACAGUAACAGUGCUAGAGACUGUGGGGAAACUCAAGAACUUUGCCGAUCACUUCACCUCCUACACCCACUUUCUGCAGAAGAUUCUACCAUACCAGCUCAAAAGUCUGGAGGAAGAGUGCGGGACUCCGCUGUGUACCUCCUCUCUCACCUCUAAGAACCAGGAGCUGCAGAGUGACAUGAAGAGAAUCACCUCUGUGUUCGACAAACUACACAGCUACAUCAGCCUACUGGCCUUACCUAGUGUUCGACAGGACUCCAUGCCCCAGAGCAGUUCCUCUGCUGUCUUCACCCAGCUGGCUGCCUGUCUACACAGCCUUCACGACGCGGUCAAAGAGAUGUCUACGCAUUACAGCCAGAAGGCCAGUCUGGAACAGGAGUUGUCUACAAUCACUCAGAAGCUCCGCACUACUAACGAGUGUCUGCUGGCUUCCCUGGGCUCUCUCACCAGCAGCACCGGCAAGAUUGCGACGUUCUUCAGCAACAACCUGGAUUUCUUCACGUCUUCGACAGGCUACAGUCCGAGAGGGGGGGCCGGGGCCCUCAACCCCCUGCAGGCAGAGAGCAUGCUGGGUAACAAGAAGAAGGCCUCCGACUACAUGCAUGCCAUCAGAAAGCCCAGACCAGAGUCCGUUCCAUACAGAGAGGCCCUGUUGAAUCGCCGUGUUCUAACUAGCUCUACAGAGAGCAGAGAGGGACUCACACAACAGGUGGUUGCGAGCCAGGAGAAGAUUGCUCGUCUGGAGCAGGAGAAAGAGCACUGGUUGCUGGAGGCCCAGCUGGGCAGGGUGAGGCUGGAGAAGGAGAGCCAGCGCAUCCAGGACCUGGAGAGACAGCUCUCCUCUGCCCUGGGAGGAGGAGGCUGCCCAGCCCUCACCAGCCUGGAGGACGGAGAGGUGGAGGAGAGAGGAGCAGGGAAGGAGGCUAUGCUAAGCACCAGUCUGGUUGGCAUGUUAACCACAACUCCUACCAACGAGGAAGUGGGAGACGAGGAGUCCAGAGAACAGCUGAUCAAGACUCACUACAUGGCCAGAGUAGGAGAGCUCACCACACAGCUACAGGUCUCUGACAGCAAGGCUGUUAACUUCCACGCUGAGUGUCGAGCCCUUGCCAAGCGUCUGGCUAUCGCAGAGAAGUCACGGGAGACUCUGACGGAGGACGUCAAACUGGCUAAUCAGAACAUCACAUGUCUGCAGGAUGAGCUAGCCACGACCAAGAGGAGUUACAAGGAACAGCUCAGUAUGAUGAGCGACCACUUGUGCAGCAUGAACGAGACCCUCAGCAAACAGAGAGAGGAGAUCGACACACUCAAACUGGGCAGCAAGGGAAACUCCAAACUCCUGAAGAAGGGUCGGUAGGAAGGUCUAUUGGGAAACUGGCACCAUUUUGGAUCGGCAGAGCACCCUGGACUGAGGGAAGAGCUGUACUAUGGGACCACCCACCCACUACAGUCCUGUCAGCUCCACACCACCCCAAGAUGGAGGACCCUGUUAACUUCUCCUCUAUCAGAGGGUGGGCUAUUGGGGAGUGUCUCUGAUACCACUCUGCUUAACUAAAAUAAGCUGUUUUUAUCUAAUGUGUAUUUCUAAUUGACACAGAUAAUAACUUGUGUAAAGUGCUUCCCAACCUGUGACGGAAGCAGCUGCUUGACCCUUUGACCUUUGGUUUGAGGGAGGUAAAGGAAAAAUUUAAGAAGGAAAUAAAAUAUUUUUUCCCCACCAACUAGUGAGGUCAUGGAUGCUCACUAAAGUCAGGGAAUGAAGACCACCAGGGCCUGUGUGUGUCUUCUCUCUCUCUCUUCUGUCUCUGUGUGCUAAGCGUGGGAAUGACGGAAAUAUGCAUUACUCAAAUUGCUAUUAAGUGGGAAGAGGAGAUCAUACAAGCGAGUGAAUGUGUUAACGUUUGUGUAUGUGCGUGCCUGACUGACUGUGGGUUUUCAUUAUGCAAGAAAAUGUAUUCAUCUAAUACUGUGAAUCUUGACUUUCGUGCCAGGCUUUGAGUGGGACUGAAACUAAUGUAAUCUUUCCAUGUAUUAUGUUUAGUUUUUUUUUCUUUCAAUGAGAAUAUUUGUGCAAAUGUUGUGACUUGAGGGACUAUGUUUGUUAUGUUUACCACAGUCUUCUGUUUGAAGAAGGGCUGCCCCUGAUUAAAUCAAGGAAUGAGUAACAAAUUA